GACCACGGAUCAGCGAAGAAACUGCUGACCAAAUACUAGACAAAAUUGUGCAAGGACAGACGUCUGACAUCGAGUUGUCAGACAGUGAGGACGACACCGUUGAAUACGACCCUCCGUUGGUUCCUGUGGAAGAUGAGCCCUGUUCUGCAGGGGGCAGCAGCAGCGAGGAAGAUGAGUCACAGGCUAGUACUUCUACGAGGAAGAGACUCCCUUUGUGGAAAGCCUGUCAGAGAUCUCCUUUCUCCUGGGUACCGGAUUUCCAAGCCGUGCCGGACGACGUGGGGGAGAGAGCUGACUGCAGCCCAUAUGAAUAUUUUCAGCAGUAUGUCACUGACGAAAUGUUUGCAAUGAUGGCAAUGGCUAUGAACACCAAAGAAGUGGCUGAGACAGGAAAGAGCCUUAACACCUCUGCAGAUGAAUUGAAAAUAUUUUUCGGCAUCUCAGUCACAAUGUCUUGUCUAGGCUAUCCUCAGAUCAAAAUGUAUUGGAUGAAAAAAAUGAGGGUGCCACUCAUCGCGAACAGUAUGUCGCGGGACAGGUACUUUCAGCUCAGAUCGCGACUUAAAGUUGUGAACGACCUCAAUAUAACUGAUGAAGAAAAAAACCAGGACAGGCUCUGGAGGGUUCGGCCUCUCAUUGCGGAGGUACUGAAAGGAUGCCUCAAACUCCCUCGUGAGGAACUGGCAAGCAUAGAUGAACAAAUGAUACCGUUUAGUGGCAGAACGCAACUAAGGCAGUUUCUACCAAGAAAGCCAAACCCCGAAGGACUGAAAAACUUUGUUUUGGCAAAUCCCAGCGGCCUGAUUCUCGAUUUCGAGAUUUAUCAGGGAAAAAAGUCUCUUCUGUGUCCAGGCAGUUCCGGGAUUGCAGAGUCGGCUGUACUGAGGCUUUCCCAAAGUCUUGCACCUGGUACCCAUCUUUUCUUCGACCGGUACUUUACGUCCCCAGCACUCCUAGAUAAGCUUGUCGAAAAGGACAUAGCAGGCACGGGUACCGUGAUGAACAACCGCCUACCCAAGGGGGUGAAGCUGUCAUCAGAAGGGCAGCUUAAAGCCAGAGGACGGGGGACCUCUGAGAUGUGGGUUCGCAGUGAUGACCAACAGAUCAUCGUGCGAUGGUAUGACAGCAAACCAGUGACAUUAAUGUCAUCCGUGCAUGGGAAAGAACCGGAGGACACCUGCCGCAGGUGGAAUGCGAAAGAGAAAAAAUACAUUGAUGUUUAUAGGCCACACAUUGUACAAGUCUACAAUGUGAACAUGGGGGGAGUGGACAUGGCAGACAGGAUGAUCAGCUAUUACCGCAUUAAGGCAAGAGUAAAGAAAUGGACUAUCAGGGUCAUUUUUCAUAUGUUUGACAUGGCUCUUAGUAACGCAUGGAUCCUCUAUACGAAAGACAUGAAGACAAUGCAAAAGAGGCAAAAGGACGUGUUCAAGUUCCUAGAUUUUCGCUUCUCUGUUGGCGAAGCGCUUGUUACACAAGGCAGUAAGGAGAGCACCGAUGAGAGCGAUGCAGACUAUUGUCCUCCAAAAAAACGGGCACCCCUUCCCCCGGCCGAGAGCAGAGCCAAAACCCUGGGGCACAUGCCAAGGCUUGCCGAUGUUUCGAACGCUGCCCGUUGCAGGUUGGAAGGGUGCAAUAUGAAAACGAAGUUUUUUUGCACGAAGUGCCAGCUUUUCUUUUGCAUAACAAAAGAAAGACGCUGUUUUGAGAUGGCUCACUCGACUAAGUAAAGGUUUUGCUUGCUCUGAAGUGUGUUGUAAAAAUACGUCAUUCGUGACAAAAAGCUCAUGACAUUUUUUUUCUUUUGUUCCUGUGUUACUGAUAUUAAACAUUUGAUACAAUAUCUCUGCGAUUUCUCUCUGUCCUUGUUAGACACGCUAACGUGGGACGCUAUUUGAAGGCUCGUCCCCUUAUAAGACCUCUAGCAAUAUGCAUGUUAAGACCGAAUGUCCAAUAUAUUGGACAUUAAUUGGCAUCAAUUCUAAUGACAAUUUUAAAAUAAAAUAUUUUUUUAUAUCUUCCCUAUAUCAUAUAAAGCUAUCCCUGUAAAUUUGACAAGAAUCCGCAAUAAAAAGUUUUCCCAGGUCUCAGGAGGAUAUA